CACAUAAUAAGGUAAUAUCUUUCGAACGUUGUCAAAAUUUGUUUGUCAAAAAUGCGCACCAAUCUGUCAGGUCGGCCUUUAAUUUUUAUAUUUCAAUCGCAGUAAACAGGAAAUUUGUUUUUGUUUUAAUUUAUAAAAUUUCAUUUGAAAAAAUUAUAAAUUAAAAAAUAACUAAUUUUCUUCGUGUUUUUUCGCGGAAAAUGGUGAACACUUAAACUAAGUGUUUUUUAUAACAAAGUUGUUUUUGUUAUUUUUUUUUUAUAAUUAUAAUUUUAACUAUAUGCCUGUAAGACCUAAGGUCUUUUAAAUGCAUACUGCACGACACUAGUUAGAAGUAAUAGAAAGAUAGAAAAGAUUUUGUUGGUAUACCUACAGUGAAUUGAGAAUAAGAUGAUUAUUAUCUCAUAUAAUCCCAUGGGUCGCUUCCAAGCUGGGGGAUAAAGAAAAGAAUGCUGUCUGGGGUAGGGCUAGAACCCACACCUCCAGGCUAGCAGUCAAGCACUACAUCCACUGCACCAUUGCCACCCGCAAGGUCUCCUCAAAAUUUUGAUUUCCGAUUUAUGAAAAGUUGGCUCCUUGUAUCUAAAAUAUUUUAGCAACACUGAAUAGGAAUUAGGCUAAACACAUUCCGGAACUGCGAGAAGACUACCCUAUUCUGCUAUUCGAUUCACGUGAAUCGAAAGAUUUCCUCCAAACUGGCUUUAAAAAACCUCUAACUUUCGAAAGCAGUGGUGUUUUCGUCUGUUUUAGAAAUUCUAGAGAAAAAAAUUACCCUUCGACCAACGAAAAAUUUCGUUCUCCAGUACAAUUUCAACCAGCCACAUGAACCUUAAACCAAACGAUUUAGAGAAGUCUCCACUCUCCGCUGUUAUGUAUUAUUGUGAUAAGAAAAUGACAUUUGAACAGUUUUAGUGUUUGUUUUUGCGGUUCCAUUUUUCUAACUGACUUUCUUUUUUUACUUUUAUUUUUGUUUGCAAUUUUUUAAUUUAGAUAUUCUACAGUUUGUGAAUCUCUACACAGAUAUUUUUUCGUUGUCGAAUGUAUUUUGUUGUAUUCAUAGGUAUAAAAAAUAAAGUUGGUUUCGCAUCAACCGUCACCUAGGCUUUUUGUUGAGAAUUUUUAACGAAUUGAGAAUUUUCUUUUUUUAAGAGCUUUAUCUUAUUGGGAGAGUUAUUUCUCCUAGGUCAGUUUUUGAUUGUUUUUGUGUUACUAGAACUAAACUGGCUUCUAUUCUAACUAUGACCUAUGACGUUUGCUUCAAAUACUCGACUUAAGUCCAGAUAUGCUUUUGUAUUCAACGCGGAGAUUUACACCUUUCGAUUUUAAAACUAAUUUUGAAAAGUCUUCUAACCACUUCCGACUGUUACAAAUAAUUCUAUCAGAAAUCAUAAUAGUCAGGUAAUUUGCUAUGAAAACUGAUAAAUGUCGCAAGUUUUUAUAUUAAAAGAGAUAUUUGUAGUACAAAUACUUGUAUUCUUCAUGUGUUACAUUUUUGUUUACAAAACAAAGAAUAAAAGGAAAGUAGGAGUUACCUUAAUCAAUUGGAUGAUUGCCUGAGGGCUUUAAUACUAUCCAUAAGCCAAAAGUAUAGUACUGUGUUAUAAUGAGCGAAAUUUGAUUUGUGUAUAUAAAACAUGAUUGUUAAAGUUGAUACAGUAUCAUUUCGAUUCGAUAAAGCAUCUUGACCACACCAAAAAAACAAAUCAAAUCAAUAGUCAUGGCUUUUAAGUUUGUUAUUACUCUCGCUUUUGUUGCUGUUGCUAGUGCAGGAUAUAUCCCUCCUCAACCUGAACAUCAAUAUUAUCAAGCUCCUGCAGAGCAUACAGUUCCUUUGGCACCGUCAUCAGGAGGCCAUCAUUUGGUAGCCAAGAAAGUCGAAGAAUACGAUCCACAUCCUCAAUACAAGUUUGGAUAUGAUGUGCAUGAUGAAAUCACUGGAGAUUCAAAAAGUCACUCUGAGACUAGAGAUGGAGAUGUUGUUGAGGGAGAAUACUCUUUGAUCGAUGCUGAUGGUUUCAAGAGAAUUGUCCACUAUACUGCUGAUGCCGAACAUGGAUUCAAUGCUGUUGUGAGUCGUGUUCCUUUGCAUGGAGCUCAUAAUGAAGCUGCUCAUCAUGAUGUUAAGACUGUCCCUGCUACCUAUGCUGCUCCAACUGUAGUUAAGACAGCUCAACCAGUUGUAUACUCAGCUCCAGUCAACUUUCAUGCUCAUGCUCCAACAGUUUAUGCUGCUCCACCCUCCUACAAGACUCCUAUUCAAAUUGCAGUAGCCCCAGCUUCAUAUAACUCACCCAGCAGCUACUACAAGUCUGAUGACGCUAGAACUCUUUUGAAGAAUGCUUCUCCAGUUUCUUACAGUGCUCCAUCUUAUUAUAAGGCUGUUCCAAUCAGUCAUGCUGCAUCACCAUCAGCAUCCAAUGAUCACUCUCAAGAAUCCUACUCGUCCUUACUCAGUUCUGGAUAUCAUCAUUAAUUUUUUACUUGUGAUUGUUAUUUUCUUAUUAUUUAGUUUUAAUAAAUUUGAUUGUUUUUUUUAUGAAAUUAAUUUUACCUUCAUAUAGUCUUAUAUUAUUUAAACCAGAAGUUGGCCUCAUUCAGGAUUUCCUAUAUUUGAGAAUUUUAGUGUCCAGCAAAUGUAGAAAAAUAUACCGAGCGAAUAUUUUUUUUACUGAAAAUUAAAACUCUUAGAUAUAAAACUAAGUUCGACAACACUACGUUGGUCUACAGAAAAUCGAAUACCAUUUCGAUUGAAAAAAAAAACGAUUAAAUUGUUCAUCUUUGGCAUCAUAGCUUCCAAACUACUUAUCUUAACUUAAUAAAUGAGGUAUCAUUGGAAGCGUGUUGCUUGUCCGCUGGAUAUAGGCUAUAGGAAAUUGAUUAAACUUGAUUGCCUCUAGAGAUAAAAGUCAUAAAGUGUUUCUAUUAUUUUUUUUAUAUGAACAGA